AAACGUAACUCAAAAUACUAUGCUGCUAUGAAGCUGCCGGCUAAUGGAGUAGCGGCAUUCUACCUUUUGCUGCACUGCGUGUCAGGAUCGGUGCUGAAAUCUUCCGCCCUUCAAUCCAGCAGUCCGUUUAUGAGCAUACCGCGCAACUUCUGGCAAGAGAUAUCGAUCCCGUACACCGAUCUACCGAGCGAUGAUGACGAGCAGGAGGAUGAGUCGGCCGAAAGCACCACACACGAUCCGUACCCGUUCUUCGACGAUGCCAACAUGACCGCCAACGUAACCACCCAGCUCGGGGCCGAUGUGUAUCUGCACUGUCGGGUAAAUGAUUUGCGAGAACGAACGGUAUCGUGGGUACGGCGUAAGGGAGACGAGAUACAUCUGAUUACCGUUGGCCGUCAGACGUACAGCAGUGACUCACGGUACUCGCUACAGUACCAACCACCGAACGAUUGGCAGCUACUGAUACAAUACUCUAACGAACGUGACGAGGGUCACUACGAGUGUCAAAUCUCGUCCUAUCCACCGCUCGUCUAUCUGGUGUACUUGAUCGUCGUCGUGCCCCGGGUGGAAAUUAUAGACGAAAGGGGUCAGGCCACGCUGGACAAGUUCUACAAACCGGGCAGUACGAUCGAGCUGAAGUGCAUCAUUAGCCGGGUACCGCAACCGACCAGCUAUGUCACGUGGAAGCAUGGCAUGCGGAUGCUCAACUACGACACAAGCCGUGGUGGCAUCAGUGUAAAGACCGAUCUGCUUCCUGGUGGUGCAAUGAGCCGGCUGUACAUUGCCAACGCUAAUCGGUACGACACGGGAAACUACACCUGCGCUCUGGCCGAUAUUGCACAGGCUAUGGUAUCGGUUCACGUGUUGAAUGGUAGGUAG